CAACACAAACACAAUCCGUAUUUCAUCGAUUAGGACUUCAUCAUUAAGCAAGAAAUAUCUCCUCCAGAUCCCAGGAGCUCUUCGUUAGCCGACCAAAUCCAUCCUCAGAAGCAUUGCAUUCCUUUGCCCAAUGAAUUGCGUCUGUGGCGCUUCAGUCAUCACCAUCAAGACAUACACAAAGCUUAGUUGAGGGCAAUUGGAACAAUGAAGUUCUUCCAGUCCAUUUCUCUUCUUUUUGCGGGGUCCCAUCUGACGUUCUCGUCUCAAAUCCCCCUCCAAGAGUCGACCGAGGAGCAAGAAGUCAACGCAUUUCAAGUCUACCGAAGCCAGUACUCUGAGCAUUCAAUUCGCAUCAAACAGCAACAAAAUGAAACCCUCUGCAAUGCCCAUUCGAAGCAAUACACCGGCUGGCUCGAUGUUGGAUCAAAGCAUCUCUUCUUCUGGUACUUUGAAUCUCAGUCUUCUCCCUCAGAAGACCCACUCCUCCUCUGGCUCACCGGUGGGCCUGGCGGCUCUUCGAUGAUUGGAAUGCUGCAGGAGAUGGGUCCUUGCGUAAUCAAUGAGCAUGGCAAUGGCACUAAGUAUAACGAAUAUGGUUGGAGCAGGAACGCGAAUCUCAUCUUUGUGGAUCAGCCCGCUGGAGUAGGCUUUUCGUAUAUCGAUAAGGGGAUGCCUGUUCCUGCGACUAGCUUCACGGCUGCGGAAGAUAUGCAUCACUUUCUGCAGCUGUUUGUCAGCGAAGUCUUCCCUGAUUUGUUAGGGCGGGACUUCCAUAUCUCAGGAGAAAGUUAUGCAGGCCACUACGUCCCAAUUCUCGGAGCUCAAAUCGUUUCCCAAAACCUCUUGUACCCGCACCGCCCUCAGGUCAACUUAGCUUCCAUCCUCGUAGGCAACGGCUACGUCUCACCCCUGGACACAGCCUUUGGCUACUGGGAAACCCUCUGCACCACGAACCCCGGCAUCAAAUCGCCCAUCUUCAAUAGCACACGCUGUGACAUCAUGGCCUCCAAUCUCCCCCGCUGCAUGAAUCUCGCCCAGGUCUGCUACCAGCACCCGGACCCUGCAAUCUGCGCCGCCGCUAGCACAAUAUGCUGGAACGGCGUAAUCUCACAUUACGACAGUGAAUCCGGCCCCGGCGGUCGCAAUCGCUUUGACAUCACCACUCCAUGUAAGACGAAAGACGAACUCUGCUACCCCGAAAUCCCACAUAUCCAGGAAUAUCUGAACCUACCAUGGGUGUGGGAGGCUUUGCAGGUCCCCAAGGCGCUCCACAACUACUCCAUUUUGUCGGAGGAAGUCGCUAUUGCUUUCACGCUAACGAACGACGAAGGCAUCAGCACACAACCCCAAGUCUUGUAUCUCCUUGAAAAUGAAAUCGAUGUGUUGUUCUACCAGGGGAAUCUCGACCUCGCGUGUAAUACCGCGGGAAAUAUACGCUGGGCGAGUAACAUGCUGUGGAGUGGACAGCCGGCGUUUGUAGCGCAGGCGCCGCGUGCAUGGAAGGAUGGAAAGAGGGAUGUAGGGUGGUUUAAGGAGGUUAAGGUGAAGAUGGGAGGGGGUGAGAGGGAGACGACGUUUGCUUUUAGUACGGUGGAUGGGGCAGGCCAUUUGGUGCCGUAUGAUAAACCGAAGGAGGCUUUUGCGUUGGUGUCAAGGUGGCUGGGGGAUAGAAGCUUUGCUUAGCUGGAGGGUUUGUGGAGUGGAUGGAAGAAAAAGGAGGUGGAUCUAGUAAUGUAGAGUGAGGAUGGAAAUGGGGGAGAUUUUGCGGUUUCUAACUUGUAUAUUAGGAAUAUGAACUAUGGGGAUUAGCAAAGAAAUGGUAAAGAUAAAUAAAUGGAUAGUAUAUUCGGAACUUGAACUGAG